AUGGAGACCAUCCCGGAGUCGUUAAAUGGGGAAUUACCUCCCUUACCCAGUGGCAGUUCUCAUGGUUCGAGGGGUCACACUUACAACCAUAACGGACACAACCAGAACUUGCAUGUCCCAAAAAGGUCAAACACUUUUACGGCUUCUACCUCGACCUCCCAAACUAAGCACCAACGGUAUGCGGGUGCGGAAAGUCAAACUCAAGAACGGCCUUCGUCAUCACUGAGCAGGUCUUUCACCUCACCUCUCUCGUCUCCGUCACCUUCAGAUUCCGGAUCAAGAAUGAUUGGAGGCGGCAAGUCCACUCAGCGAGUGAGGGAGUGGGUGAAGAGGUCCAACUCCAGCCGCGAAUCCAAAACCAAAACCUCCGGCCGCUCCUCCUCCAAUUCAGGCCACCAAACCCUCGAAAUCAUCCACCUCGGCGGCGGCCGUGUCGAACAUGAAUCCAACAGCCAUGUGCACUCAUCUUCUCUGUCAUCCAACUUCCUCGCCCCAACAAGUCAGCAGACACGGGCCAGCGUUGCCAACAGCAUCGACAGCCGAGUCACGCAAUGGUCGGAUUUGUACCACGACCCGCCCGAAUCACUGACGGUUAUCACCAAGCCUGCUACGGCGACGGGGAAGCCGCCGAGGCCGGUUAGUCCGGAGUUGCAUGAGCGGCCGCAGUUAAGGGAGUUGGGAUUGGGAGGGAUUGGAAGUGGAUACAAUGGAGGGAGGGAUCAUGAAGUUGAAGGUCAAGGUCACCAGUCGCGGCACAGGCAUACGAAGAGUGAUGGGAGUAUUCACCCCGCGCCGUUGAGGGUGCCCUCCAACUCGUCGUCCUCGUCUUUUUCAGCAGACAAGAAAGAGGGGCAAGGUGGUGCAGCUGUCGCCACAAGGCCCGAAGAGACGUGGAAGCCCCAAGGACUAACGAGGAGUAACUCCAAAUGGAAACCUCUUCCUGUACCACCACCGCCCGGAGCCCCCGGUAGCGUCACGCCCUUGGUGUCUGACGGUGGAAGAAGGGCUGAGGAUAACAUCAACAUGACUGGCGCUAUCGGCGUCAGUCCACUCACCUCCUCUGUGGAAUCCGAGUCGGAAUUUGGCGAGCGGGAAGAUACUCCUCCAAGGGAGAGGCAACAGGGAGCUCCUCAUAUUGUCAAUGUCAUGGUCCAGCGCAGUGGAAGCAGGAGCAGGACUCGCGACAUGCCAUUAUCGCCGCCUACCACCUCCUCCUCUAACGACGUUUCUCUUGGGAUUGGGUACGCAGUCGGAUUGGGAGUCCUGUCUCCUCCCUUGACACCACCGCAAAUGGAGGCUGCUGAAUCGGGAAGUGGUGGAAUAAGGGAGAGCAUAUGGCCCGUUCCUCCCUCUUAUUCUCUGUCUCUGUCUCAGUCUGGGCAGUUUUCUGCAAAUGCUCCCUCGCGAUCGGCAACUGCUCCUCCACCUGAGAAACAGCGACAGCACCAGCAGAAGCCUUCAACCUCUUCAUCAUUGGCAUCUUCUGCCUCGGCCUCGGCCCUCGCGUCUUCCCAAUCAGCGCCGCCGACGCAUGUCAUUCCCAAACGGAGUGACAGCUUAAGUUACUCGAGGUCUACUCGGAGACCGCCGCAGCAGCAUGCACCCCAACUAUCAAAAUCCAGUUCUUCUUCCUCCCUCCGAGGGUCUACAGAGAAAACAGGGCCAGGUCACAGCGCCUUCACAGACUUCGACUUGGCAACGGCAACAACAACAACAGCAACAGCAGCACCAACCCCUCCCCUCCAACAACAUAAACUCCAAACACCCACCGUCACCCCGCCGACACCAAUCGUCCAGGUACCUCUACCUAGAGGUACCACACCAACACCAACACCAACAACGCCCAUCUGGAGUCCCCGCAACUACCUCUCCUCUCGCGAGCUACUCUGGUUACACCGUAACUACCGCGGAAUCACCUCCUUCAUGGCCGCUUGGGGCCUUAGCAAAGGACUAACCGACGAAGCAGAAAGGGAAGAGGGGCUGGGGAUCAUGCGGGCGUUGAUAGCUGCUGAGGUCUCGUCAUCCUCGUCCUCGUCCUCCGCCCGAAUCGAAACUGCCCCUGGACAACCGGAGGACGAGGAUGGUGACGAGCAUCGGGAUGGUGGUGAGAAGAAGGGAGGGGGAGGGGGAGGGGAUAAUUCCUGGUUGGAUUUUAGUCCUGGUCCUGGUCCUGGUGCUGCGGAAAGGAACAUAAACAUGAAGGCUGAUGUGGACGUGGACGGGAAAGGGAACGAAAAAGAGAAUGAGGGGAGGGCAAGUCCAAACGGCGCAAAUGGGUAUGCGGCGCUGAAAGGGCAGGGAGUGAGGAUGAAGCCUAGGGGUGCUGGGGGUGAUGCCUCCAAAGAAGGAAGACAUGGGACAUGGAGGAAGGUUGUUGAUGGUAAUGUGGAAGACGAAGAGGGGAGUGACUUCUUUUGA